GGGCGUUGGGGCGGGGUGCGCGGCGCUGCUCUCCGCGGUCCCGUGCCCUGGUGCCGCCGCAGCGGGGGGUUUCCUGCCGCCGGCUCCAGGCAGCGGCCGCCCCCGCGCUCCCGGCAGCCGGCGCCGAGCGCUCCGCCCGCGGGCAGCAUGGGCAGCCUCCUCCCGCUCCUGGCGCUGCUGGGCGCGGCGGGGGGUGCCGGCUCCUUGCAGGAACGUGGGAGCUGUGGAGGCAUCAUAGACGUGAUCAGUGCAGCUAAUGGGACCAUCCACUUACCAGCGGCCAAGGGCCCCCUGGCACCCACCGGAACCUGCACAUGGGUGGUAGCAGCGCUGCCCUCCGAGGAAGUACGCGUGGAAAUCAAAGCCCUGGAGGCUGCUGCUCAUCCCAACCUUAGCGUGCGCUUUGAAGGUAGCCCAGGGGAAGGAGCCGGCAGGGAGGGGCCUGUGGAUAUUGCCCACGGCUUUCUUCUGAAGGGACAGGGCAGAACCGUGAUCAGAGGGAGCCUGGAUUCCAGUCUCACUUUCACUUACUGGGUGGCUGUGGAUUGGUGUGCGCGGCUGGCCCUUUGCUGCUCCGUGGUGGGAUCGGCACAGACCUGUCUCUGCCCUGGGAACUCAACGGGGCAACGCUGCCGGACAGGUGUGGAUGCCCCGGAGGCUCUGAGGGAAGAUGUUGGGCAGGUGGCAUCACAAGAGGCCCCGGUGAAGCUGAGGGGGGCUGUGUUAUCUGGAGCUGCUGAGCGUCUCCACGGCACCAGCAAGGCAGCCCCAGGCCCUCGCCCUGGCCUUGCUCCCCACCAGAGCCCUGCGGCCUGGCCUGCCAGCACUGCAGAGAGCCCUGGAGAUGCGCUGAGUAACGCUGCCCCUGUGCCCCGAAGGACGUGGCUGGGCAGGAGAAGGAACGGGCCUGUGGCUCAGGAUGGAGCGAACGCUGAGCGUGUGCAGCCACCGGCCACUGCAGCAGCUGCUGAGCACUGGGACAAAGCCCGCGACCCGGGAGUGCGUAUGCACCCGUCUGCUGCAGGAAAGGAGACGCCCGCUGGAAAGACCAGCAGCCCCUUGUUCUCUGCGAGGUCACAGUUCAAGGCAGCAAAUCCCACGCUGGUGCCUCUCCCUGGGACAGUCCCUCUGGAAAACCUGAGGGCAAAAGAUCCCACUUCCCUGGGGGGCAGCAGCACCCCUACAAAUUCACCCGUGGUGUUUCCUGGCUCUGCCGCCCGGGAGCCGGCUUCAUGGGACCAGGCACCUUCCAGCAUCUCCGCAGUAACGGAUCCAGUGUACCCCAGUGGGGAGCGCGCGCUCACGGCAGGGCCCUCGGACCCAGAGCCAUGGAGCAUGGAAACGCCGGAGGCUGCUCUCACCCUGAGUGAGACCAGUGUGGAGACCAGCCAGGGCAGUGCUGUGGGCUCCCAGAAGCCAGUAACCUUGUUGCCUCCCUCUGUGCCCGUGACCAGCCCUGCUCCCGGGGCUAGCGCAGGGGACGAUGGGGCUCAGCACUUUGGAGGAGGGAUGCGGGGGCUGGGGACGGCACACAGGGAAGCUGCCGUUACUACGGAGUUGGACUUCACUGACCUGGGCCUAGGGGCCAGGCUGCCAAGCCCCACUGAGGGCUCUGGCACCCUGCCGCGAGGACAGACGGAGCCCGCCAUGCGCACUGCAGCCCCCGCACCGUGCGACUCUCUGGAAACCAGCCAGACACCUGCUCUGCAGCUGGAUGGCCGGGAGAGUCUGACCUGGCGGCUGGGGGGCAAAGCUCAGCCAGCCACAGAGACCAGUGGGACCCCAAUGCGCACCCCAGGGAGCAGCCUGACAGAGACGCUCGCCACAACAGCUCACUCUGCCCCAGGACUCCAUUCCAGCAUGCGUCGCAUGGUGCCCCUGGGGAGCCCCAGGCCUGGGGAGGACCGGGGCCAUACGCUGGCGGAGGCUGGCUCUGAGGAGUCGCCAGGGCGCAGAGGUGUCGAUGGAGUCCCAGAAAACAUGGACUUGUCUCUCUCCACUGACACGCGCAUAGAGGGGGACCCUCGGGCAGCGUCGUGGGCAGAGUCAUUCCCCGGGACUUCUCCAGAUAAGACGCCAAGUGUCUUCGCUGGGACCCCAAGGCCUUUGGGCAACCUCACAGCACCUGCCCCAUCCCCUGGCUCGGCCCAGCCCCCAGCGCCAGCUGAGCAGCUCAGCACAGGGUCCAGUGUCUCUCACCCCACAGCUCCUGGCCACGAGAACGGGUCUCUCAGUGAGCGCGCCCUGGAGCCCAGGCUGUCAACACCAGCCCCAGCCUUGGAGCGGUUAUUCCGGACUCUCACCUGGCUCCCUGAAACCCCUGCUGCGAGGACUCGAGUGCCUGGCACAGGGGAGCCCCGCAGCACGGUCACAGCCGCGCCCGGUACGGCUGUGUCUGUGGGCACGUCCUCCCAGCCUCCCGUCUCCUGCACUCAUGGGGCCAAGCAGCCCUCCCUGGCUCCUUCCCCAGUCAUGGCAGUGACGUCUCAGGAGGGAGUGUUCCCGGGAGCCUCCAGCGGGGAAGACGUGCCCCAUGGCCCUGGCACCGUGCAAGCCACUACUCCUCUGGGCUUUCAGCCUUCGCCAGCCAGCCAGCCUGCUAGAGCGGAUACACCGGCAGCCACUCUGCAGAGAGGAUCCACUGCGCUCAGCCCGACAGAGCCCCCUGACCCUCCCGGGACCAGGCUGAGUUCCCCAUUCUCCUUAGAGAAGGACAUUUCGGGGUCUCCCGCUGCCCUGGGACUCGCAGAGCUCGGCGUGGCCACCACCCAGUCUCCAUCGUGGGACACGGCGACCACUAAUGCCUCAGUGGCAACGCCCUCAUUGGCAUCUGCCAGCUGGAGGGGAGGGACAGAGAGGCUGGGCCAGCGGGCAACGACCCCCCCAGCCUGGGCUGCGCAGGCUGGGGCUGAACCGGGGAAUUCCAGCCAAGCCACUGACACAAGAACCCCGAGCGGGGCUGGGAGGAGCUUUCUGAGCAUCAACACCGGGGCCCUGUUCAGCCCCACGCCCCCCACCCCAGAGCUGAUACUAACCGCUGAGAGUGCUGGGUCCCCAGCUGGCAGCAGGAGUCCCUGGCCCCCCCUGGCAGCCACCCCGAGGGCAUGGGGUGCCGAUGUUACGGAUCCCGUGAGCAGUGCCAGGACGAAUGUCCCCUUCGCCAGCACGCAGCUCAGGGCAGCGAUGCCACCCGUGACUCCUGGCCCAGCUGGUGCGACAGAUGGGCAGCCCCUGCCUGUCACCACCAAGGGUGCCCGUGGCAGGGCACAGAGCGUGUUCGUUGUGGAAGACCAGCCUCCUCUUCUCAAAGCCACCCGUCUCCGCAUGCCCUGUGAACUCGCGCUGGAUAUGGAAUUCGUUGGCGCCUUCCGGACUCCCGGGUCGCAGGCCCAUCGCAGCCUGGUGCAGAGUUUCAAUGAGACGGUGGCGCCCCUCUUCACGGCUGUGCCGGGAUUCCAGAGCCUGGAAGUGACGAGGAUCAGGAAAGGCAGCGUGGUGCUGGAGUACGAUGCCCUCUUCGCUGCGGAGCGGCUGCGUGGGCCAGUGCAGGGCUUGGGCGCCCUUUUAAACCGGACGGUGCUGUCGGGCGCCGCCCGCUCGGGUCUCCGCAUCGCCAGUGCCAUCGUGCUGUGGAACGUGGUCCUGGAGAGGCAGCUGGACCUGUGCACGGCCCUCUUCUCGUGCCACGCCGGCUUUGAGUGCAUCAGCAGUGGGGCCGGCAAUGCCAGCUGCACGUCCGUGUGCCACAGAGAUUACUGCAAGAACCACGGCAUCUGCACACACCCGCGUGCCCACGAGCCCGUGUGCCAGUGCCCCAUUGGCAGUGACUACUGGUUCAUGGGCCCGCGCUGCGACUACAAGGUGACCCAGCAGAGCCUGCUGGGUGUGGCCUGUGGGGUGCUGCUGACCGUGGCCCUGCUGGGCCUUGCCAUCGCCUGCCUGGUGGUCCGGAGGUUCAAGGCGCUGCUCCUGGAGGCCAGGGUUGAUCAGACCAAAAGCAGCUACCGACGGUUUUGUCGCCUCGACGAUGUGUCAGCUCAGUACUGGUCUCAGCCUUGGCUCGCCUCUGCCAAUUCUUUGGACAACCCAGCUUUCAGCAACUCCGAGGAGCUGCUCCACUUACAGAUGCUAGACCACAGCUGUUGCAGCUGUAAGGAUGACACUAUGAUCCCAGACAGAUACGAGCAGCAGACCACGCCUAUCAGCACAGUUUGCAGGCCCAGCUUUCCCUGUGACUGGGACACAAGUUCUAGUAGCAUAAACGAUCCCAUGAUUGACUCUGGAAAAGCCAGUGAUAUUUCUGUGUCAAGUUGGCCAAUGGAACCAGUUCAGUGGACACCCUUUCCAAUUCUACAUCAUCUUUCCAGACAACGGCCACCCAAAGCGAGUAGGCGACCUCAUUCCUACUGUGAGGGGAUGGAACUGGUCGAUCUUGAAAGAAGCUGGACAGCCUAGAAAUGGCGGACGAAAGACAGGCAACAGUUGUCAGCUUUAAAACCAACCACACUUUAUUGUCACAUAACAAGCUCAACGAAGGAGUUUCCAACACUUUGACAAUACAAUCAAUGCAGGUAUGAUGUCAGUUCUAUUCAAUGCAGAGUGCUGAAGAUUAUCAGCAAAACCUUUCAGCAGUAUUUCAGACUGGACUUUAGAAGCCAGCUUCGGGACAAGGUAACUAUUAGUAGUAAGUAGUUACAGAUAAGUGUUGAGUUAACACAAUGCUGGCAUCCAACAAAGUAAACGACUUACACCAGGCAAGCUGAGAAUAAACUUUCUGAAGUCACAUCAUAUUAUGUACAUAUAUGGUCUGCCCUACAGCCAUUUCAGAACAAGCUAAGCCACUGUGAAAAGUGAAAUAAAAAUUAAGCACUGCUGCAUUGUUCAUUAUGAUUUAUGUAAAUGAGGUAUAAAUAUAACCCCAGUACAUGUUUAAGCAUUAAACUUUAUUUUCCAAAA